GUUGGAAAGCCCAAUCUGGGAAAGGCUUCCGAGUUAGUGAGUCAGUGACUCACCACUCACCACCGAGUCACAAACUCGCCAGCUUUUAUUAUUGUUUAGGUCAAGUUGAGAUUUUUUUUUGCCCCCAAAAACGAAAAAAAAAAAACCCCUGUUUGACUCAAAAAGCAGAGAACGCAGUGAAAGGACAAAGGGUUAGAGAGAAUAAGAAGAGAAAAAUAAAGAGAGGGUUUUGUGGAUUGUGAUUUGUGAAGUUUAGAUCUGAGUGGUGAAGAAAUUCGAGUGGCUAGAGCCCAAAGUUUUCAACUUUGAAUCAAAGGGUCAACAAAAAGUGCCAUCAAUGCUCUGAGAACCUUAUUCCUCGGAAAAUGCCGCGCCCUUCUUUCCACAAGCUUGUUCUUCCUUCCACCAUUCAAUCUAGGCAAUUGAGGAUUCCAGAUACUUUUCUGAAUAGAUAUGGAGCUGACCUUUCUUCAAUUGCUACCUUCUCAGUUCCUGAUGGCAGCAUUUGGCGUGUCAGAUUAAAGAAGUUGGACAAUGGAUUUUGGUUUGUUGAUGGUUGGGCAGAAUUCGUUCAGCGCUACUCCAUCGGUGUUGGAUACUUGAUAGUAUUCCGAUACGAAGGAAAGUCGACUUUCAUUGUUCGUAUCUUUAAUUUGGCCACUUCUGAGAUAAGCUAUCAGUCACCCGUACGAAGCAGUAACGAAGGGGCUUACUUUGCAAACCGUCUUAAGAUUUUUGAAGAAUUGGAAGAUGAAGACUCCGCUGAAUAUUCAUCACCUAGCCUUACUCCUGGUGCAUUGCAAAGUAAAUUUACCCCUGAGAAGAAUUAUACUCCUCCACCAUUGCAGAAUCUAUUUAAUGGGUCCAAACUUAAUAGCGUAAACUGGGGCGAUAGUGCAAACACCCUCUCUUCAAGAAGUGCCAAUUCGCUAGACAGUCAGUUGACCAGAGAUAUAGGUGUUCAGUUUAAUGCAAUUGAGUUUAAAAGGUCUACUGACGAAUUGAAGUUGCGUACUUCUGUUGGCGAAAAGGAGAAGAAAGCUCCAAGAAAGAAGCGAAAAUCAGAUGGCCAGGAACCCUCUGAGGACCAAGAAGAGGAGGCAGAGAUGCGGUUUAGAUUCUAUGAAAGUGCAUCGGCAAGAAAAAGAACUGUGACAGCAGAGGAAAGAGAAAGGGCCGUCAAUGCAGCGAAGGCAUUCGAACCACUUAAUCCUUUCUGUCGUGUUGUCCUGCGGCCGUCCUACUUGUAUAGGGGAUGCAUAAUGUAUUUGCCAUCUUGCUUCGCGGAAAAGCAUUUGAACGAGGUUUCAGGAUUCAUCAAACUUCAGCUCUCCGACGGGAGACAGUGGCCUGUUCGCUGCCUUUAUAGAGGAGGCAGAGCUAAGCUGAGCCAGGGGUGGUUUGAAUUCGCGAUAGAGAACAACCUUGGCGAGGGAGACGUCUGUGUGUUUGAGCUCCUUCCGAUGAAAGAGGUGAUACUUCAAGUUACACUGUUUCGCGUCACUGAGGACGAUGGAUUCUUCAGCCCUCCUCCUCUGCACCAGCUCCAGGCGAGCCAAAAUCUCGUGAGUCAAUCUAAAAUGUUGAACGCUCACAUGCAUCAGCGCCUCGGCUCGGGUAAACUGAUCAGGAACUAAAGCAGUUUUGUUGCGGUUAUAGUCCAACUGUAUCAAGUAGCGGUUACUUCUGUGUGACCGGUUAUUCAUCUGAACAUCAGCUUCACUUGGAAAAAACUUUGGUACUUUUUUGUGUCCAUAAACAUUUCAGGGAGACUUAAGUGCAACAUAGCUAUUGUUGUUUUGAUACAUUUUCUUUUUUUCUUUUCUUUUCUUUUCUUUUGUUUUGGCCUUUUGGUUUUGAUUUGGGUUGUAAAUAGAUUUUUAUUAA